UAACUGAAGCCGGCUUUGGUGCUGAUAUUGGGAUGGAGAAAUUCUUCAACAUCAAAUGCAGAGCUUCUGGCCUGAUUCCCAGUGUGGUUGUGCUUGUGGCUACAGUGAGAGCUUUGAAGAUGCAUGGAGGGGGGCCAAAUGUUAUAGCUGGUGUACCUCUUAAGAAAGAAUAUACAGAAGAGAAUCUCAAGCUGGUGUCUGAUGGCUGCAGCAAUUUGCUGAAACAAAUUGAAAUUGCCCAGCAGUUUGGGGUUCCUGUUGUUGUAGCUCUUAAUGUUUUCAGAACGGACUCUCCUGCUGAGAUUAAUUUAGUCUGCGAGAUGGCCAAGCAGUCUGGAGCUUCUGAUGCAGUCCCUUGCAGGCACUGGUCAGAGGGGGGCAGAGGAUCUAUGGAGUUGGCUGAAGCUGUAAGGAGAGCUGCUAACCAACAGAAUAACUUCAGAUAUCUCUAUGACCUGGAGCUUCCCAUAGUUGAAAAAAUAAGAAUCAUAGCUCAGAAGAUCUAUGGAGCUCAGGAUAUAGAGCUCUCUCCUUUAGCACAGUCUCAAAUAAAUCGUUACACUCAACAGGGAUUUGGGAAUUUGCCCAUUUGUAUGGCAAAAACUCACCUGUCCCUCUCCCACAUGCCUGAGAAGAAAGGUGUUCCCACUGGGUUCAUUCUGCCUAUCAGCGACGUAAGAGCCAGUAUUGGAGCUGGCUUUAUUUAUCCACUGGUGGGAACGAUGAGCACUAUGCCUGGGUUACCUACAAGGCCUUGCUUCUAUGAUAUUGACCUGGAUCCUGAUACAGAACAAGUGAAAGGAUUGUUUUGAAGGUACGAGCAAGAACACUACGUUAGAGCCUUGAAAAAAUAAAUUGCAGCUUCUCCACUUCCUGAAGCAAGCAACAAUGAAUUUGAAGGAUGCUUGUAACUUAUCUUGGAAGAAUAUUGUGAUAGACUAAAGCACGAAAAAUAAGCUCACCCCUAAAAACAUUCUAUAUUGACAAACCAAAGGAAGAACAACCAAAAAAACUGUACUGUUCCAUUAUAACCAGUGCAGUGAAAGGUUUUGCCGAACGUGCUGCUGUUUACACACUGACUGUUUACUGUACUAGAUGUGGGGAAUGAAAGAGGGGAAUGCAUAGUGAUUUGGGGGAAAAGUAGAUGGUGAAUACUUGCCACUCUUAAGAUGAUACAUUUGAACUAAUAUGCAAAGUUUGAGGUUAAUGUCAAUUAGGAAAGCAAAAUGAAGAAAUGAGGCUUUUUGAUAUAUUUAAUCCAUUUCAUAGGCACUGUGCAGCUUUUUGCAUUCAGCCAUGGAAACAUCAUAAAAAUUAGCUGGAAAUAUGUUACUCUGGGCACUGCUAGGCAGAACUGGGGGGCGGUCAAGUUAGGAUUUCAAACGAGUGCAGUGCUCAUAAUCUCAUGUCUCUCAUCAGCACUGCUUUCUGUCAAAUAAGUUUGGACUUAAUGCCUUGCCUUGAGCUAUUUUGUUUGACUCUUCUAGAUAUCCCAAAUGAUAACAGGCAUUCCUUCAUUUUACAGUCAAUGGAAGUAAACAACAAUUUAUUGUGCAGCCUCCAACUUUAAAGAAAUGUGCCAUAGGUUCAGUCUGUCUCCUGGUAGAAGUUUUGCCCUUUUUUGGACAGAACUUUAAAUGGAGCAUUUGAAAUAUGAGAAUGGAGACACAGAACCACACACUGUUAUGUAAAUUUAAGACCCACUGAAAUGAACAAAACUGCACUGCUUUAAGUAAUACUUAGUGUAAGACAAAUUAAAAUGCAUUUGUUUAUUGCAAAAAUAUUUCUUCCAUGCCAUUUGGGGGACUGAUAAUAGAAACUCUUUGAGCUGCAUCUUUGAGACCAUGUUUUAGAACUACAUACACCAUGAUACCUGGAAUGACUGAGGCUCUCUGGGAGAAAGAGUAAUUAGGUACCCAUUCAGUGUGUCUGCAGCUGACAGUAUUCUUUCUCUAUUGCUGGCAGAUGCUCUUGUGGGGGGUUAGUAGCAAGGAGAAGCAGAAGUUCUUACCUUGUGCUUAGAGCAAAUUAUAUCUCUGCUAAAUUCACAUCUCAGUUACAUGCAAAUAGAACACAUUUUAAAUCAGAGGUGAGAAACCUCUGGCUAAUGAGAAAGAUGCAGCUAAUAAAACACCCACUUUUGGCUUGCAGAGGGUUUGCCUCAUGCCUGAAACUGACCCUCACUUUAUUCACUUUCUCCUUUCCAAAUAUGGAAGAAAGUGUUUGCUCCAUUGUUCUGUCCUGAGGAAAGUCUGCCUUCUUUUUCCCAUGUGCCUAGGAAGAGAAAUAAGCCAGAAUUUAAUUUGCUUUAGCAAAUUCCUGGUGAACCAUUAUAUAAGAACUAGGCAUUAAAUGUCCUUUGUAAACAAGCAAGAAACAACUGAACAUUCAUUUUGGUCAUGUUGAUUAAAGUUUAUUUAAACAAACCGGGAAUUUGCUACAGAGUAAAUUAAAUUCUGGUUUAUUCCUCCUCUUGGAAGUAUACAGAAGAAGUCAUCCAAGGCUUCUUAUGGGAUCCUUUCUGUUCAUGCAUAUAGUCUAAAAUUAAUGACUUAGCAUUAUGCUCAUAGACAAUGCUUCAGACUACAAUAUAUUUUAACAGAGACUAUUAUUCCUCAUUGCUGCUGAUUAUUGUCUGAGAAUACACCAAAAUGCACUGGCUUUUCUAGUUUUUAUUGUAUAUAGAAAACAAAUUGCAUUUCCUCCAAGAAGAUACUUUCCUCUUUGGUUCAGUCAGAUGCUCUGCAAUCUGGAGUAGGACAUAUAACACAUUAAGUGCCUGAAAAUAAACUCAUUUUAAUCCUCAAAACUACUUGGCUAACAUUUGUGACAGCUGAAAUUCAUUCAUUUUGUCAAUAAUAAUUUCAUAUGAUUACAAAAGCAUAGCUCUUGUAGUGUAGAUAAUAUGAUUCAUUUUCUGCAUUCUUAUUAAGCAGCACUGGAUACAU